AUGCCGACGGGGAAGGUCAAGAAGUUCUUCGAGGACAAGGGCUUCGGUUUCAUCACUCCUGACGACGGUAGCGAUGACGUGUUCCUGCAUCGCAAAGUGCACGGGGAUGGCCAAGACCGCACCGCGUAUAUAGAAGAGGGCGCAUCCGUCACGUACGAGGUGGAGUGGGACGACCGCAAGGGCAAGUACUCAGCCUCGUCUUGCGAGGGCCCCUGGAAGACAGGGGACGACCCGCAGCACAAGGCACAGAGCUGGCUGAGGUACAGGCUGCUGCUCAGCAGCCUUGGGGCACGGCCGAUCCUCCUCUUCGCCCUCGGCUGCUUCACCCUGGGCUUCCUGCUGCGGUCGGCGCUGCACCCGCCCGCCACCGGAGCCCGCCCGAAGCCGGGGGAGCUGGUUCUGGUCACCGGCGGCUCGGGGUUCAUAGGGAGCACGCUGGUCCAGCAGCUUCUGGGCCUGGGCUACGUCGUGCGGGUGCUGGACAACCUGGAGACGGGGAACCUGCAGUUCCUGGACCUCAGGCACCCGCGCCUGGAGUUUGUGCUCGGCGACAUCCUGGACAGGGCGGCCGUGAGGCGGGCGAUGGCCGGCGUCAGAGGCGUGUUCCAUCUCGCGGCCGCCAGCAAGGUGCUGCCCUCGCUGAGGAGCCCGAAGAUGGCCACGUUCAAUAUAGAGCAGAACGCGGUCGGCACCAGCAACAUCCUCGAGGCUGCCAACGAGACGCACCUGGUUCGGAAGGUCGUCUUCGCGGCAUCGUCGACUUAUUAUGGGAACCAGGACAUCCCCUUCCACGAGCAGGACCCGUUCGUUCCCACGUCCCCGUAUGCCGCGUCGAAAUACAUGGGAGAGUUGGAGAUGCUCACAAACGACCAGCUGUACAACAUCCCUACCCUGAGCCUGCGGUUCUUCAUGGUGUACGGUCCGCGCAAUCCGUCGGAGGGUGCGUACUCCAUCGUCACGGGGAUCUUCCUGAAACGCCUGUUCGCGGGGAAGCCACUGGUCAUCGAGGGCGAUGGGCAGCAGUUCCGCGACUUUGUGCACGUGGAGGAUGUGGCUCGCGCUUGCGUGCUGAGCUACCAGAGCCCCGUCCGCGGCACGGUGAUCAACAUCGGCACUGGCGAGGCGCACACGGUACAGCAGGUGGCCGACCUGGUGUCCCCGAACCAGGAACGUGCUCCGGCACGCAAGAACGACAUGCGUGGGACCACGGCGGACACCUGCCGGGCGAAGAGCCUUCUCCACUUCAGCGCAGAGUACGACUUCGUCGCGACGAUGCGCGCCAUGAUCGCGGACUCACUGGCUGGCAGGGGCGAGUACCUGUCGCCCAUGUGGGAGGACGAGCAGGUCAUAGCUGCCGUGGAGAGGAGGCUCCGCGGCUGGACCGCCGCGGACGCCAAGGGGCGGGCCGCCCUGCUGCGGGACGCCGCCAGGGGCGACCCGGGGUUCCUCGCAGGCCUCCUGAGCGAGGUGGGCGCCAGGUAA